UUGAGGAAAGAAAAAAAGGUCCGACCCGAGUAGUAAGUAAAUUUAUCAUCUGCUCCAUAAAGACAAAACCUAGAAAUAGAGUGCGAUUCGAGAGAUUUGCAACAAAAAAAAGAAUUGUAUCGAAUUGGUGAAUUGGAAUAAUGGAAGAUGAUGAUGAUUACGUUGAGUAUGUUCCGGUGGCGAAGCGUAGAGCAAUGGAAGAGCAGAAGAUUCUUCAGCGGAAGGGAAAAGCUUCGGAGUUGGAGGAAGAAGCUGACAAGGAAAAGCUGGCUGAAGCAAAACCUAGUCUACUGGUUCAAGCAACGCAGCUCAAGCGAGAUGUACCCGAAGUCAGUGCCACUGAGCAAAUCAUCUUACAAGAGAAAGAGAUGAUGGAGCAUUUAUCUGAUAAGAAGACGCUUAUGUCUGUUCGUGAACUCGCCAAAGGUAUCACCUAUACUGACCCUCUCUUGACUGGCUGGAAACCUCCUUUGCAUAUCAGGAGGAUGUCUUGUAAACAGAGAGAUUUGCUUAGGAAGCAAUGGCAUAUUAUUGUCAAUGGUGAUGAUAUCCCUCCGCCUAUCAAGAACUUCAAGGAUAUGAAGUUUCCUAGGCCUGUUCUCGAUACCCUCAAGGAGAAAGGCAUUGUUCAACCUACUCCCAUUCAAGUUCAGGGUCUUCCUGUCAUUUUGGCUGGCCGAGAUAUGAUUGGGAUUGCCUUCACCGGUUCAGGAAAGACUUUGGUCUUCGUCCUUCCCAUGAUCAUGAUUGCUCUCCAAGAAGAGAUGAUGAUGCCUAUUGCUGCUGGAGAAGGUCCCAUUGGCCUUAUUGUUUGCCCCUCUCGAGAGCUUGCUCGCCAGACUUAUGAAGUUGUUGAGCAGUUUGUGGCUCCUUUAGUCCAAGCUGGUUACCCGCCUUUGAGGUCCCUGCUAUGUAUUGGAGGUAUUGAUAUGAGAUCCCAGUUAGAGGUUGUCAAGAGAGGUGUCCACAUCGUUGUUGCUACCCCUGGGAGGUUGAAGGAUAUGCUCGCCAAGAAAAAGAUGAGCUUAGAUGCUUGCAGGUACCUGACACUAGAUGAAGCAGAUAGGCUGGUUGAUUUGGGUUUCGAAGAUGACAUAAGGGAAGUCUUUGACCACUUUAAGUCUCAACGUCAAACACUUUUGUUUUCUGCCACAAUGCCCACAAAAAUUCAAAUAUUUGCCAGAAGUGCUCUGGUAAAACCUGUGACCGUUAAUGUAGGAAGAGCUGGAGCUGCGAAUCUCGAUGUGAUCCAGGAGGUAGAGUACGUCAAACAAGAAGCAAAAAUUGUUUACCUCCUCGAAUGUCUACAGAAAACCUCUCCACCGGUUUUAAUAUUCUGUGAGAACAAAGCUGAUGUUGAUGAUAUUCACGAGUACUUGUUACUGAAAGGAGUGGAAGCAGUAGCCAUCCAUGGAGGAAAAGAUCAAGAAGACAGAGAAUACGCAAUCUCUUCGUUUAAAGCUGGGAAAAAGGAUGUCUUGGUCGCGACUGAUGUUGCUUCAAAGGGUCUAGAUUUCCCUGAUAUUCAGCACGUAAUCAAUUACGACAUGCCAGCAGAGAUUGAGAACUAUGUGCAUAGGAUAGGACGAACAGGUCGUUGUGGUAAAACUGGGAUAGCAACGACAUUUAUAAACAAGAACCAAAGUGAAACCACGCUGCUCGAUUUGAAACACCUGUUGCAAGAAGCUAAACAGAGGAUUCCACCUGUCCUUGCUGAGCUGAAUGAUCCGAUGGAAGAAGCAGAGACCAUUGCUAAUGCAAGUGGUGUCAAGGGUUGUGCGUAUUGUGGUGGUCUUGGACAUCGUAUUCGAGACUGUCCAAAACUUGAGCACCAGAAGAGUGUGGCCAUAUCUAAUUCUAGAAAAGACUAUUUUGGCUCUGGUGGCUAUAGAGGAGAAAUAUAGUCUUGUCAUCCAAUCUUUGUUUUUAUCCCUCCUGCAGGUGAUUUCAUCUUAGCUGUUACCGAACUGUGAUGUUCACGUUCCAUCUUGUAUUGCGACAGUUUUAAACUUUUCUUCUUGCCCUCUGAUAAGAAACAAUGAUGGUGUUGCCUACUGUAUUUUGAUAUCUCUCUAUCAGGAUUCUAUAACAACAAUAAACGCACGAUUUUGAAUCUCUCAAA